AUGCUUAUACGAAGAGGAUCAGGAAUUGUGAACAGAGGAGAUUCGUUUCGAAGACGUCGAUCAAGAUCUGGAAGUCUAGCACCAUCUUCACCUGCACAAUCUGCGCCUGAGUCGCAAGAACGAAAGCCUGUUGCCUGCCACCGUGUCGCUAUGGUUGGAGCACCUGGUGUCGGCAAAACUGCACUUAUCAGCCAAUUUCAAACAAGCGAAUGCAUUAAUGCAUAUGAUAGACAGAGAGACCCUGACAGCUCCGAACAAAAAGUGUCCAUUAUGCUUAAUGGUGAAGAAUCAGAAUUAUAUUUUGUAAACUGCACAAGCACUAAGGAAGAAAUCGAUCGUUCGGAACCACCAGAUGCCUUCGUGAUCAUAUACUCUGUGGUGGACAAAGCUUCCUUUACAAAAGCUGAACAGGAGUUAGUGAGGCUCUUAGACUGUGACAUGCUGAGGUCUCGACCAGCUUUAUUGGUUGGAAAUAAAAUAGACCUAGCGAGAAGCAGAGCUGUUUCUACACAAGACGGCAAGUGUCUCGCCUGCACGUAUAAAGCGAAGUUUAUCGAAGUGUCCGUUGGGAUCAACCAUAAUGUGGACGAACUUCUAGUGGGAAUUCUAAAUCAGAUUCGACUUAAAAAGCAACAGUAUUCCUCAGAUAGUGGCAGGGAAUCAUCUCCAGCUCAUUGGUACAAAUCUAGAGGUGUAGUACGAGCUAGCAUGAAAGCUAGGCAGAUGCUUACCUGGAUAUUCGGUAAGGAAGAUUCAAAAUUCAAAAACUGUGAAAACUUACACGUCCUG